AAUAACAAUAAUAAUAAUAAUAAUAAUUCCAACACCAUAUAUCCUAAUUCUUGUGGAGUUAAUUCGUCGAUUUCGUCGAAUUCUAAUACUUUGAGUAAUUCAAAGAAAAAGAAACGUGUAAUUGUUGUUAUGCGAGGUGUUGAAGGUGAACGAUUGAAUACAUCACCUAGUUGUUCACCACCACCACAUCCACUAACACCAACACUUAAACAACAGAAACCUGAUUUUAUUGGACAAUCAUCAUCUCGUUCAAUGAAUCAUCCUAAAAAGGUUGUGAUUCGUGGAUCAGAUCAUGACUCAACAAUACCUCCUAAUUCAGAUCACGAUCAAAUUGAUUAUUUAAGUGAAGAUGCUGAAAUGACAGAAUUAGAAGAAGAUACUGAGAUAACUGAUGCUGAUCGUGAUGAUGAGGAUGAGGAUUUCACUGGAAAUGAAGAUAUAGGAUUAUAUGAAACUGAUUCAAGCACUAAAAAUGUAAUCAAUGAUUUAGAGCCCAAAGUUGUCUUAUCCGAUAUUGAUGAUGAUGUUGUUGGUAGUGAUCCUGUGACUGGCGCCAUUUCAACUGAUUUAGUCGAACAAACAGUAGAUAUUGGCUAUGGAAAUUCAGUAACUGGUUGUUUGUCUAAUUCAGUUGUUCAUGGUCUUCACUAUGCAAAUAUUCUAAUUAAUCAACUUAAACGUAAGCAUCCAGCUCGUUUAUAUGUAGUGGAUUUAUUCACAAAUGAAGUCGGUGGUCGUUUAAGACCUUCAUGGUCUGAACAGUUUUUAUCUCAACUAUGCUCAGUUCUGGAUUAUCUUCAACGUCUUGCGUACGCUCAUUUACAUCCAGGUAGACAGUGGAAUUUUAAAAAUUUGCAAACUCAAACUAUUCCACUUUGGUUAGCUACUGAAUUAAAAAUAAUGGCCCAUGAUUGUGGUAUGCCAAGAAAUACAUUUCUCUCGUCACAUAUGACAGAACAUACAACUCCUCUUCACAGUUCAAUCAAAUUUGAUUCAACCUCUCAAUGUGUUAUGUCUACCGAUUCUCAAAAUGAUGAAAAAGAGAAGUCAAAGUCCCCACAAUCAAAAUUGACUACCCGAGCAUUCGCUUGUACCAACCUAAAACCAAUCUUGAUAUUGCUUCUGAACGAGAUGAUCCUAAAUUAUCCAGUGAGCCACAAAAACAAUCUGUUUUAUCGCCAAACAUUUCAGCUUUUCACGAAGUUGAUCGGAUAGCAUCUGAAGUUUUGUCUGCAGAAUGUGAAAAAGAUCCAUUUUUCAAACACCUCCGUGAUACACUGUCUACUGAAAUGACGAAUUUACAAAAUGAGAGCAUAUUGUCUCUUAUCGAGAAGCUGACACGACGUUGGAUCCCAAUGGUUGAACAACAUGUAGCUAAAUUACCUGUUCGUACUCAUAUUUCCAGUUACGGGGCAAAACGCCUAUUAGAACUACCUAAUAUAGUCUCUCCUGUCAGUACACCUAUUACGCCUUCGUCAAAAUCAAAUGUAUCAAAUGCACCACAACCAUUUUCUGUUUUCUCUUCAAUUCCGACAUUUCCUUGUCUCGAACUCCCUGGGGAGUCAGGGCUUCUCCAGUCAUCUGCCGUAAAUUUAAGUUCAAUGGCUAAUUCCCAUCAUUCUCAAAACGAAUCCAGCCAACAAAUAGGUGGCUACAUUAAUAAUAUUCCUUUAUAUCUUCAUGUAGCUGAAAUUAUGCCACACGUAGAGCGUAUUCGUUGUUCAUCUGGUGCAUUUGCUUCACCUGCUCGUCGUAUGGGUUUCCGCGCUAGUAAUGGAAGGUUAUUUUUUUACGAUUUACCUUGUCCAAGUACUCCUCCAAUCAUGGAUCUAGCUGUCAUGCAGAUAGAUGCAUUGAAUGGUGCGAAAUGUCAUGAACUUCUCAAUGCAAUUUCUAUUAAUGAAUCUACCAAUCUUGAACACCUAACUGGAAAGGAAUUUUGCCCAUCGGCUUAUAUAAGCUGGAGACAGAGUGGUCCUCUUCAACUAUUCCAGAUGAUUAACUCUGUAUUGCUUGGACAGCCGGAAACAGCUAAAAGAAAUCUCUCACUAUUUGUUUCAAGGCGAAUGGAAGUUGGUCCUUCUGGACUUUACUUAACUCAAUUUGGAUCAUCUGUAUCGGCAGCGAAUGUUAGUAUAGCCAGUGCAUGUCCUCUACCAUCUGCAAACCCGGUAAAUAAUCGUAGACUUACAGCUUUAGCAAGACCGCCUCCUGUUGGACCCAGUUUUCCAUCAACCUCCGUAGAUGAGAAUCCACCUAAUCACGUUUCAUCAUCAACAUCAUUCUGUGAAGAAGCUUGCAAAAAAUAUUCUUGGUCUUUAUCUUUUGUUGAAUCUCAUUUAACUCCACAGAAUAUCGAUAAGAAUCAAUUAUCUAGUCAAGGAAUCUUGGAGUCUCUUAAGGCUCGAAUCCGUAUACCAUCUCCUCCACCUGGACCACUACCGAAUUUAAUGACUGUUCAACCAACUAGCUUAGUUAAUCAAUCAACAGUUGUUGGAAGUGCUGCUAUGGCUUCGGAGGCUAUUGGACGUCCAGCUGGAUUAGAUGCUGGUUGUCGUUGUGUUUGUAAUACAGUUUUAGGUAUAUUAGAAAAAUCUAAUUGUACAUUAUUGUUUAACUCUAAUUACAAACAGAAAUACAAAUUUGAUGAUUUAUUACAAUCUAUGAAAUUGGAACAUCAACAAGAAGUUAAAAUGAAAACUAAAUCUUCUUCUUCUGAUAGAAUUCAAAGCUUAAUGAAUUCUUCUGUUCUGAAAAAUUCACCAACUGGUUAUCGAAAUUUGAUUUGUUUAUUUUAUGAAUAUAUUUCAAAACUAUCCAAUCAGAAUGAAAUUACAAAUCAUGAUUUAUUUAAAAUAUUUCUUGAUCUUUCAUCACGAAUUCCACAGGCUCCAAAUAUUCGCGAUCCUGUAUUCUCAAACCUUGGAACGUUUGGUAAUGAUGAUGAUGAUUUAGAUAAUCAAAAGAUAACUUUGGAAUCUUUAAAAAAUCAAUUAGAAUUUCCACGUGGUAAACUUCUUCAAAAUUGGGCAAAAAAUCAAAUGCUUGAUUCUGAAAGUUAUUGGUUGUUACGCCGUAGUUUAGCACAUAAUCUUGGAACUUAUGGGCUUAUAGAACGAUUGUUUCAUUUAACACCUCUUCAUCCUGGUUGUUUAGUGAUUGAUCCACGUUCUGGUCAUACUGAAGCGCAUCAUGUCUGUUUUGGAUUGCCAGGAGAUAAUUCUUCGUCAGAACAAUCUCAUUUGUUGAGUUCAGAAAAAGGAUUUAAUCAAUCAUAUUUCAUUUCUUGCUUUAAUCAAUCUAUGCUUAUACAGAAACUGGAGAAAUCUGGUAAAAAACAAUCUUCAAAUAUUCAGUUGUCUUCUAAAAUCUCAACUGAUUCUUCCACUAUUGAUGAUCUUAGUGAUAAAUGGUUGAGUCACUAUCGUCCAGUACCAUUUCGUUUAACGCCACAUUUAGCUGGUCUUGUUUGCUUACCUGGAGCUCCAGCAAAAGUUGGUCCUUUCGCAGCUAGUUUCACUACAACUGCACAAGCUUUGAUGAAUGCACCAUAUGAUCAUAGUUUAACCAGUCUUUAUCGAACACUUUUACGUCGUGAUUAUAUUCUAUGGCAUCGAGGCAGACAGUCUUCUAUAUAUGCUUAUCAAUUACUUAUGAGUGAGCAAGAUGAAACGAUUCAACAAUCAUCAUCAGCAUCAUUAGAAACUUGUCAAUCUUCAUCAUCAUUUUCUGAUGAGAAUGAAUCUUCAACAUUGAAUUAUUGCCAUUCAUCAUCACCAACUCUUGUACCAGAUUUGACUAAUGAACAAUUAAUCACAUUGAUAAAUUGUACAAUAGAAUCUAUGAAUGGUAAAUUAAAAGUUGCUUCUGACUACUCGGGAACUGAACCAAAAUCAUGGAAACUUAUCGAUGAAGCUACAAAACCUUCAAAUUUAAUUCACAUGGAUCCAAAUUUAUUACCUUGGUUGUAAACAAUUUUAUUUUUUUAGAAAUUGUAUCACAUUUUAUUUUUUGCAUUUCUCUCCUCCAAUAUCAUCAUCAGGUCACUAUGGAAAAUGAUCACCCGGUUUUGUUAAAUUAUCUUAUUGUUUAAAAUUCCAUCUUUGUUUCUUUUCGUGUAAAAAAAUCACCAUGUUUUUGUAUUGUUCGUUCUCCUUUCUUUUGAUACUUACCGUAGAAUUUUGAGAUUUCCCUGUCUAUUUUAUUAUUAUUAUUAUUAUUAU